AUGUCGAUGUUCCGAUCAGCAGCAGAAAUAUCAUCGUCGGACUCGGAUCCCGACUCCGAUUCAGAACAAAAUCAAAUCCAGGAAUCUGGGUCAUCAACUCCUCGACAUGUUACAGAUAAUCAAUCCCGCAGCCCGAGGAAGGAAAAGACCAAGCAAGUUCCGAAAGACUCGGAUUCUACAGAUCCAGACUCUUCGAUCUCGUUCGACGAUAGAUCAGCAUUACCACAGGACUUGGUUGAUGUAAAUGUUGAUCAACAUGCAAAUGUGAUGACAGCCGCACUCUUGGAAUUUUACUGUCAGAGUCGAGCAGCAGACAUUCUCAAUGCUCAACGUGGCUCAAAUAAGCCGUUCAGUCGACACAGUCCCGAAGCUCAGUACCUUGGCAAGAAACUAUACAAAUUCAAAUCACAGUUCCUGUCGACCCAUGGUAUCUUGGCCGACGGCAUUGACAGAGAGGAAAUGGGGCCAAGUAGACAGAGUUAUCGGGAUAACCUUGACUUGCUCGGUAUAUCUGCCCUUGAGGAGAUGAAUUUCCAUGAACCCCACGGACGGUCUCCCGCAAUUGGCUCUGGCGAGGAUCUCCCCUUAAUCUCAAAAGCUUGGAUAAAGAAUCCCAGCGUUGAAGAUGCGGAGAGUCCUACUCUGUUCCGGCGGAACACCGAACCAAAUCCAGCGUUUAGGAAACAGCUUCCUCCUGCUAGUAAGGUGGAUUUUAUUCCAACGGUUCCCCGUGCGACAAUGAACCUCCCGAACCCCUCGAUUCCCCUAUUUGGUAGUUCACCUGUAGGGGUUCCGCUUUUCCAUUCUCCCACAGCCCCACCAUAUAAUCAGCUGUCGAGAUAUUCCGUCGAAUUCCAGGAGCUCAAGAUAUUGGGCCGCGGGUCCUUCGGUGAAGUAUACCACGUCACCAACCACAUAGACGGACAAGACUAUGCCGUCAAGAAAAUCCCACUCAGCCAAAGACGACUUGAACAGCUGCAAUUUGGAGGUCAAAAUCAGCUCGAGGUUAUCAUGAAGGAAAUUCGAACACUUGCCCGUCUUGAGCAUACCAAUAUCGUUCGAUACUAUGGGGCAUGGGUCGAGCAGGCCCAUCACUCACACCCACCGGCCGAAUACCCUUCUCACACAGAAUGUGAUGAGUCGCAAAACAGCGUGUCCUCUCCGGGUAUCCCGAACGAGUCAAGCAUGGGAAUCGUCUUCGGAUAUUCUGAAAGCUCAGAUCCCGAGUCCCAGUCAAGCUCUCUGCCUGAAGAUCAUAGCUUCGCCGAGAGCAUUCAACGCUGGGACAGUCGUGCGACUAGCUCGUCUCAUCGGUCAAAGAAAAGUUCACGGAGAGGACUGGACGAGGAAGAUGAUGAUAUUGAAUCCAUUCCCCGUACCUUCGACGGGAACACUUCUGUUGGCCAAACUUCCACUUUUGGAGAUACCGAUGACAUAUUCACUGAUGGUCUGAGUCAAGACCAGUCUAAACUUCAAGUUCAACCCCGUUCCCGGCCUGGUCAGCAACCCCCCGCGGUCAUUCUCCACAUUCAAAUGUCACUUCAUCCUAUUUCACUCGGCGCGUAUCUGAACCCUCAAGCCGCUCCGAAAUAUGAUGGAUGUUCACUUGCCAGGCGCCAUUGCUUCCACCUACUGCCCUCACUGAAGCUCAUGAUGGACAUUGUUUCGGGUGUUGAGUAUCUGCACUCAAAGGGAAUUGUGCAUCGUGACUUGAAGCCUGCAAAUAUCUUCCUGUGUGCACCAGAGAACAGCACAGCAGAUAUAUGCGCCGCGUGCAGCUCCGGCGAAUCUUCUCCCGUCCAGUUCUGUCGUCCUCGCAUCGGGGACUUUGGUCUCGUGGCAGACAUCUCCCACAUCAACGAGGCGGCACAGGGCACUAUGACACCAUUCCGAGAGGGUCCAAAUAUACAGCGGGUAGUUGGAACCGAGUUCUAUCGUCCUCCAGCCAAUCUAUCUGCGCCUUCAACUAACCCGAGCUCACCGGUGGAUUACUUUGACGAAUACAAGAUUGAUGAAAAGCUCGAUGUAUACGCCCUUGGUGUCAUUCUCUUCGAGACUGUUUAUCGUUUGAACACUAAGAUGGAAAGACAAUUCGUCUUGAAUGACCUGACUCGCGGAUCAGGUCAAGAUCCCUCUGAGCGCACCAUUUUCCCUGCAGACUUCGCCGCCAAGGUCGAUUAUGGCUCAGUCGUGCUGGACAAUGGAACCACAGUCGCGGAUUCUCUCAUGAAAUGUAUGAAAGGAAUGUUGGAACCCAAAUCACAGCAGCGGUGGACCUGCCAGGAUGUCAAGGAGCAUUUGCGGGCAAUGAAGAAAGCGGUUCGCCGAUACGAGGAAACGCAGGAAAAGGAAAAGGACCAAUGA